AUGAUUAUUGCGGACGAGUUCGAGCAGAACCACAAGGAGCUGGUCAGGCCUAAGGCGGAGUACAUCGAGCUCGACUGGCUGGACUACCGCAGGGAGUGGAUCCGGAAGAAGUGCAACGUGGCGCUGGACGAGGUGCCGCGGUGGCUCAGGGGGCUCUACUUUGGCGGCGCCGCCAUUCUCAUCUUUGUCAGCCAGAUCUUCCUCUGGAGGUCCAGCAAGUGCUUCGGCGAGUUCUCUGUGACCGAGGACGUCAGCGACCUCAAGUGGUUUGGACAUGGUGGUCUCAUCCUCCUGUGGGGCCUCGUCGGUCUCGUCGCCGCGGCGCUGAGCUACGCGGGCCUCUUGGCGUACAGCGCCUGGCUCGGGAGGAGGAACCGCGAGCUGGUCGCCUCCGCGGCUGCCGAGCUCGUGGCGCAGGAGGCGGGCUGGAAGGCCAGCCGUCUCCGCGAGGCGCGCGAGGCGUGCGAGGAGGCGCCGUUGGCGCAGCCAGCGGAGCAGCCAGGCACUGGCGCGGACCCCGAGGGCGCGCCCGGAGGGAGGUCGCCCACCCUGCUGACGGCGCGGGGAGGCCCCGGCGGAGACCUCAAGCAGGACAAGGACGCCGGCGGCAACGACCUCGGGCUCGGCACUGCGGCAAUCACCGGCGUCGGCCUCGGGCUGUCCGCAGCCGUCUAA